CACCACGUGUGUAGUGUCUUGUUAGUGGACCAGAAUAACAAUAGCAGCUAACCAGUGCAAAAAAGUUCAAGAACGCGGAUAUAAAGUACAUAUUAUUAUAUGAAUACUUUGUGUUUAAUAAGUUAACAAAGAUACAUAGACCUUUACCUAUAUAUGAAAAAUGUUGAUGGACAUUGAUACAGAGCCCUAUGGAGACAUAUUUGGUCUAACACAUGGCUUUGAUCUGGAUGUAAUGGAACAGACCAUUAUUGAUGAUGUUAUGGCUGAAAUGUCACAGCAUACAUCAUUUCCAAUUAUCAUGAACUCAGUCAACAAGCAGGAAUUUGAAAAGAAACUGCAUGAAAUGUCAGAUCACUUGCUUGACAGCUCUGUCAUUGAAGCUACAGAUGUAAGCAGUCUCUUGGAGCAGUUUGAAGAAGCUUCCCAGAGCCUUGAUCCUUCCGCCAACUCUUGUGACAGUAACAGAUAUGAAAUUACUUUCCAUAGUGGCAUUGAUGACAACCAUGUUGCAGACACAAAUGGCAAAAUGAAGUCGAUUCUAAAUGUCUCUGAAGUGAAGCCCAAAGCUUCUCAAAAACCAAGUCUGCAGUUCUGUUGCCGAUGACAGUGCCAGCCAAGCGCGGCAGAGGUCGGGCGAUGACGCGGGGUCAUCCAGUUGCCAUGCCAACCAACUGCACGCCUCGACGACUCCAGAGAGUCAUGAGCCAGAAUUUGAUCAUUCAAGACAGCCUCGCCAAGUAUGAGGAGCACAAGAUACAAGAGAUGAAAGAGAUUGUGGAGAAGACAAAAAUAAAAUGUUAUGUAGAGGAAAAAGACGUUGAAGGUAGAAGCUGUGUGAAAACGGAGGGUGUAAAUCAAUGUGCAUCUGUCGAGGGUAACGAAGCUUCAACUGAAGGGAAGCAGUUUGCAGAGCCAGUGUGUUUGGAUCAUGACUAUGUUAAAGGCCAGUUCUCAAUGGUAACUGUGAUAUUAACAGACAGGUGGAGGAAUAUGAGGAGGGGGAGUUGGUGGAGGACGAUAAUUUUAUUGAAGUGGACUGCAGAGACAACACUCGUAGAGAUGGUUGUGAUCAUGAAAAGCAAGUGGAAUAUUUUGAUAAGCUUCCUUCAUACUACACUGCCUUGUCUAUAACCGAGGAACAGAUUCAUAAAACUGCCUCUCAUGCAUAUGGUCGUGGUGGUGUUGCUGUUCACGACUACAUUGAACGACCAAUAUCGCCUGUGCAUGAAUCUUCGGCCAUGAGUAAGGUGCCGCUUACUUCAGUACA